GGCUGAAAACAGGCUUUGAAGCUGUAUUGAAAGAAGUAACUUCCUUCCUUUUAUCUCUUUCUCAGCGUUCCUCAGAGCCAUAGCACAGCAUAUGUAUACUUCUGGAGGCAGGCAAAGCUAAUACAGGAUGCAACCCACUGUAUUAAACCUGCUCUUGCCAUAACUCAGAGGGAUUUGCUCAUCAAUGGCAGGUGAUAUCACGUAUGUAGAUGUAGCAAUGCUACCCAGGGAAAGACCACGCACGCCUUCUCGGACUUCAGUUCCAGGAAACAUGAUCACGUAUGCUGAACUGCGCAUUAAGACGAAACCCAAAGGGUGCAGCAGAUCAGAGAUUUCCGUUUCUGGCUGCAAACAGCAGCGCUCAACCUGGUUCUAUGUGGCACUGGCCCUGGGAUUUCUUGUGCUCAUUCUGCUGGUCACCAUGGCUGUGCUAGCAAAGCAAUUUUUGGAAGGCAGAGCAGAAAAAUCGGAUUUUUUUUCCCAGUAUGGUCUAAAUAACACUGACAAUCACAUUUCUUCAGAGAAAACAAUCUCGGUGGUGGUCCUGAAAUGGCUAAUGGAGGAACUGUGUGAAGAUGGAGAAGAAACAUGUGAGCUGUGUCCGCCAGGGUGGCAACUACACAGGGGAAGGUGUUACUACUUCUCUGAGGAGGCUGUAAGCUGGGAUGACAGCCAAAGAAACUGUCUAGCUAAGAAAUCCCAGCUUCUUGUCAUUGAAGAUGAAAUUGAGAUGGAAUUUAUAGAUAAUAAAGAGAAAGAUACCAAAUAUAUAUGGAUUGGGUUAAAGGUGGAAGAUGAGAAGAAACAACGGAAUUUGCUUGGAGAUCCCAGAGUAAAAGAAAACAGGUUAGCUACAAGUAGAAUUGGGACUGACGAGAACUGUGCUGUUUACAGAAAAAAAAAUACGAUCCAAAUGGAUAAUUGCCAGACUUUAAAGAAGUGGAUCUGUAAGAAGAAUGCAACAUUGUUGACUCUCUAAGCUAAAUUGCCAAACAAUAGGCAGAGUUUUUUGUCAGGAGACUCGUUUUUCUGACAAAACAACAAUCAAUCAAUGUAAAUAUUAUGAGACUUAUGCAGAAAUUUGAAUUCUACCAUUCUGUGCUUGCUAAGGCCAUGUCUGAUAAAAUCAGGGAACUCAGAAGUUGCCAAGUGUUAGCAUGAAGAUCAUGCAACAGGACUGUGAGUCAGCACGUGUGGCUCUGGGAGUGCUGAGCAUUCCCAUGGACAGACAGUAGCAGCAGCUCUUGAACAGACAGGAUAUGUGAGGAUGAGCACUGUGUACAUGAUCUGUAUGAUAUGCAAGAAAGAUGCCACCUGUGAGGGCUGAAGACUGUGCUGGAGCCCACUGCUUUUGUAUACGUCCCUGAGGCAGACUUUGGUGAGGCACUUUUUAUUUGGGUUUCAAUAUUUUGGUGUUUUCUGAAGGGCUGGAAGAAAAUGAUUUUACUAGACAGUGUCUCAUACUUAUUCAGAGCCAACCUGCAUGGCUGCUGGGUAUAGAGGUACUGGAUCAAGCAUGAGGUGACCCAUAACGCUUGUGGCUAAUAGCCUGAUGGCUCCCAUCUUCUUCUAAUGUUGAACCUUGUGACCUGAUACAAAGCUAUGAGCUAAGGAAGAGAUUUGGACCAUAAGACAAGAUUGCAGAGGAACAGCAGCAAGGAAAUGAAGAUGGUGGCCUGCCUUUCCUCCUACAUUUUGCCCCUUUAUGUUGCGAACUCUUUGACAUGGAACUCUAAGUACUGCCUGAGAGAUGUGAUCAGAUAUUGAAGCUAAAGUUAAGUAAAAUUAAUGACUGUUGAUCUAGUCAGUAAAUAAGAUGCUUGGUCACUCAAUUUUCAGGGACACCACACUAUUUCUGGACCUACAGUGAAAAAAUGCUAAGAGCGAUCUGACUUACCAUCUUUUUUAGAUUAAUAUAUUUGGAAAAAAAAAAUGAAAAAAAUGUCACGAUUAGAUUUCAAAGAAGUCACGAAAGUAACUUGUUCCAAUUGUUACAAAUAACUUAGUAUAAUAAGAGUAACAAUUACUCUAGAUUUCUAGCUAGCAUGUGUCUUUGAAAUGAGUAACCAGAGUGCAAAUAUUUGCACCACUGUUGAAAUAUUUCCAGUGACUCAUGUUCAAUAAUGAGGAGAGCAAGUAAUGUGUAAACAUGGAAAUUAAAACAACAACAACGAACAAACAACACACAUAUAGGGGAAAAUGGAUGUGGAGGUGUAAUAAAACUGCUUUCCUCCUGUUUGAAAAUCAUGUACCUCCACUUGGGUAUUCACAGGGCCCUGAAGGCACUAAUAGGCCCUAAGCUUCCUGAAAGCCUCUCCUGAGACUCCCACCCAGAUCUCCUUCCCAUGGGCCCAAGAUUAUUCAGUCUCAGGCCUGGGGUCAGUCUCUGCCUGGGCAAUGUCAUAGAUGUACUGUCUCCAGUCUUGCUUUCCUGCCUCAUUUCUUGGAUGGAUCUUGAACCUUUGUUGUUGGUAUCUUGCCUCCUGGAUCCCUCCUUCUAAGAAUGUUCUAAUUUGUCUCCAGUUCUUUUUCCCUGCCUCCUGGAUGAACUCUACACCCACAUUAUAGUCUUGUCUGUAGCCAUGUCUCUGUCCCUGUUGCUCCUGACUGGAUUCCCUGAGUGGAUCCUGGACCUGCCUCAUCACUUGCUUUGCCUGGGACCAUUGAAGGACACUGUUAUCAGCACCCUGCUCUACCUGCUGUUUUCAGCCCCCGUGGGACUGUGCCUGGUUGAUGAGAGCAUUGCCUUUGCAAGGUUUGUCCUCUGCUCUUGGCUCACGUUGCCUUUGGUAUAUUCCUAUUUACACCAGCUGCUUCUGAACAUACCAAGCACCACAGGUGGCACCUCAGAUCUAUUGUACAAAUCGAGCAAUGAAUUUUGUAUUCCUGCAAAUGCUCUUUUCACUACUAGAGUGCGUAAUUUCUGCUUUACAAGUUUUAUGUCCAGUAACAAUACCGAGGGGCUAGGGGGACCUCUGAAUUCCUCUUGUCCAUACAAAGAUGCUCAGCUGUCCUCUGUCUACCUCAAACACCCACUGAAGUGCUUUGCAAACCCUUUUAUGCACAAGUUCACCUAAAUGAAAGACGAUGAUUCUUAUGGCAGACUGUAUCCCAUUUAUUUGUAUAUUUCCAGACUCUAGGAGAAGUUGUGUGUGUGAACUUUGUUUUAUUAUUACAGCAGCAGUGAGUAGAAAAAGAUCUCCUCCUUCAAAUCGAGAGGUGAGUUACCAAAUCUUAUACAGGUGGCUCCCCUACAGAAGAGAAAAGCACACCCUUGUUUCUUCUCUGCUGGAUACUUGGCACUACUUCUUAUAGUCAAAACAACAAGUUGGUAUAUUUAAUUUAACAAAGACUUGUGCAAGCGAAAAAUGAACACAGUCCAAACUGAAUAUUUUAUUGAAGCAAAGAAAACCAACUCUUCCACAGUAUGUUUGAGUCUUGUUCACUGAUCCUGAUACACUGACUGUAUUAGUCAUGAAGCACAGCAGUGGUGGCUGUUCAAUAGGGAAGCAAAACAGGGAGACUGCAUUUCAAUAUCCUUCUCUUCUGGUAUGCUUUGAUUAAAAAAUACCAGUGUGACAUCUGAGUCCUAUCUGAUAAAAUAUCAAACACUUCUGAUGUGAAAGCUAAUAUUCAAAAAGCUCAAACUGAACUGUGAAUCUCUAGUUUCAUAUUCUCAGACAGUGGGGCCACAGAGCUGAGGCAUUCUCAUACAUACAAACUGCUGCCUUGCAAAAUCUACUGGUGUAAAAUCUACUAGUGUAAAAUCUACUUUUCCAUGCUUACAGACAGGGUUGCUUAAGCAAUUUUUUUUUUUUUACCCUUUCUAUUUCAGACAGCAUCUCUUCAAAUGCCCCUAAAGUUAACUCUUCUACAUUGUGCUUACCACAAUAAGACACUGAAUUCUUACCUUGUUUCAUGGAAUCAUACAAUAUUUUUUAGAAAAAGACACUCCAAGGCCCUUUUAGGGCCAGUUAGGGAGAAUUUCUAAGCUGCCAGGCUUUUAAUACAGUUUUUUGUGCUUUUA